UGAGACAAUUACUCUGUCGGGUGUUGACAAACAACAGACUAACAUGUGUGCUGUGGGUGUGGCGAAAGGAGAGGAGGAGCACUCCCCGGGGGAGACCAGCGCUGAGGAGAGGGGUUGUGGAUGGGGAUGUUUUGCCCCGCGCCCCUGCCAGCAUUUUCGUACCCCCAGAUGGUUGCUUUUCGUUCUUUGCUGCGCAAGUUUCAUACAGAUGAUGGCUAUUAGCGGAUUCGUGAAUGUGAUUAUAUCCUCCAUUGAGCGACGUUAUGAUCUGACGAGCGCCGAGUCCGGACUUGUCGCCAGUGCCUACGAUAUCUCCUCCGCCAUUCUUAUACUUCCAGUCAGCUACUUCGGGGGACUAGGCUCAAAGCCACGUUAUAUUGGUAUAGGCUUUUUACUGUUUGGACUUUCUUGCAUCCUGUUUGCUUUUCCUCACUUCCUGUCUGGGAUAUACGAUUCUGGAAUAGACGAUGGUGGACUGUGUGUACUGGGAAACUCGGCCGCGUCAUCAUGUGUUGGAGAUCAAACUAACUCACUAUCAAAUUAUAAGUACUUGUUCUAUGCCUCUAUGAUCCUAAUGGGAGCAGGAACCACACCGCUGUACACCCUGGCGACGGCCUUCAUCGAGGAGAGUGUCCCUGUACGGUCUUCUUCCUUCUACCUAGGUAUAUAUUAUGGUGCCAGCAUCCUUGGUCCGGCACUCGGGUUCCUGUUGGGCGGUGUGUUGUUAGAUGUGUAUGUGGAUUUCAAUGUAGUCGAUACAGGCAGCUUGACAAUUGACUCCACAAGUUCCCGCUUUGUGGGGGCGUGGUGGGUAGGCUUUGUGUUCUGUGGAGUGCUGGCUGUAAUUAUUACUGGCCCUUUAGCUGCCUUCCCUCCAGUACUACCAAAUUCAGCACAGUAUGUGUCAGAACGUCAGAAGGAAGUGUACAAAAACAAGGGAAUGUCACCAGACGGGGCGACGGGAACUGUCAGUCUCGGUAACAUUUGGACAUCACUGAAGAUGCUUCUUACAAAUCCCACCUAUGUAUUCCUCAGCCUCGCAACAGCAACAGACGGGAUACUGUUGGUUGGUAUUUCCACGUUUAUCCCUAAGUUUAUAGAGAUACAGUUUGGCCUGCCAUCCUCUACUGCUGCCCUCUACGUUGGUUUUGUAGCUGUUCCUGGAGGAGCGGGCGGUACUCUUCUGGGGGGGUACAUCAUCAAGAGGUUUGAUAUGAAUGUCAAGAGGAUUCUCCACGUAACUAUAGCAGCCGUCACUGGAAGUCUCAUGUUCGGCCUUGUACUCAUCUUAAACUGUCCCAGCAUUCCGUUCGCAGGAGUCAAUAUUGGCUAUGGAAGUACCGACAUAAAAAGCACUUCGUUCCUGGGAAGUUUUGUGAAUCAUACCUGUCACUCUAACUGUGGUUGUAGCCAGGAUGAGUUCAAUCCUAUUUGUGGGCGGGACGGAUUGACCUAUUACUCGCCCUGCUACGCUGGCUGUCAGACAGUGGUCACGAAUGAAGAAAAUGUGCAAUAUUACAACUGUACGUGUGUAGGAAAUGGUACGACUAAUUACGAGGCUGCACUCAACAAGUGUGAACCCGACUGUCCAUACCUACCCUUAUUUAUGGUCAUUUUCUUUGGUGUUGUGCUGCUGACGUUUUUCAGCUCUAUGCCUUUCCUUACUGCCAGCCUAAGGUGUGUCCCUCCAAAUGAGCGGUCAUUUGCCCUUGGGAUCCAACUCUGUGUCACAAAGUGCUUUGGGUUUAUUCCGGGACCAAUUCUGUUUGGAUGGCUGAUAGAUCUGUCCUGUUUAGUCUGGAACACGAAGUGUGGUGACGAAGGCUCUUGUUUUUUCUACGACAACCAGAAAAUGAGUAACAACAUUCUAGCCAUUGUUUUAGUGGCCAAAGCGGUCACUACAUUACUGACCGUCUUCGCCUACGUAUUCUAUGUUCGUGGAGCUAAAAAUAAAGCAGUUGAACAGCAAGCUAAUGGCAAGUCUGGAAGUAAAUACUCCUCACAAGAAACUGAAUUAUCUGAAAUGUCAAAAGAUUCUGUUUCAACAGAGUUCAUAAAAACUAAAAUAGGUUCAAUAAACGAUGGGUAUAAUACUGAACCAACAGAAACAAAACCUGCUGCUACUGAAUUGACGAAAAUGGAACUUAUAAUCUCAGACACAACAAAUUCAGCACCCAUUUCAACAGAGAAAGCCCUUGUAGAACCAGUACAUGGACUACAGAGAGAGUCUUAUACUACUGAACUAUGAUGUAAUACACCAGAACACUCAAAUGUUUUUUCCCCUUUUUUUUCCUUUUUUAUUUCUUUUUUAUUUUGUAAUUUAAUAUUUAUCGUUAACUCACCUGAUCCUAAUUGCAGCACUGCCACUUCUGUCAUUUUUUCCUAAAUCACACCACUUUUUCUGAAGGACCACAUAUUCUAUGGUCAGUGCAUUUGGUCUGUAGCUUGCUGGAGUGAAUGACCAUAGAAUAUAUAUUGUUAGAUAAAUCACCGGCCUUGACCCACAUUCGAGGUCACUAGGGUCAAAGAUGUUUAAAUAUUCAAACAACUUUUUCUAAUGGACUAUGUCUCCUGAUACUUUCUCAGUAGCUUACGUAGAAGUAGGAGUGAAGGGCUAUCAAUGUUCUGAAAACAAAUUACUCAAGAUCAUAUGGCUCACCUGCAACCACCUGCUGAUUAUCACAAUUGUUUCCCCUUUUUAAGUAUUCAUUUCUAAUCUAUCUUAUAUUUAUAGUACAUAAUACAGUAUAUUACAACCUGGAGUAUAUAUAUGAAUAAUUUUUAUCUUAACACAAAUUAAUAUUUAUAUGACAAUAACAAUGUCUUCCAUAAAAAAAAAAACGUAUCUUUUUCAGAACCCCAUUGUAAACUAGUUUUCAGAUCUUCAAUAAGGUUUGUCAGUUUGGUAAUAUGUGAUAUCAAAGUGUUACUUUCUUCACAAACAAUGUACGUAUUAAACCUGUCGCAACGUUUCAAGACCGA